AUGUUAGGUUUAGGUUCAGCUUUAGUCAACUGUAAUAAUUUAUCAAAUUUGUGUCUUAAUCUUUUUGAACUUAAAAUUGGUUCAAAAGGUUUUUCAGACUUAAUUUCAUCUUUAGCAAACUGUUCUAAUCUCUCAAACUUGAGUCUCGAAAUAGGAAAUUGUUAAAUUGGUAAUGAAGGAAUUCUAAAUUCAGCUUCUGCUAUUGCUGGAUUUGCUAAUCUCACUAUUUUGUUUCUUGAAAUAAGCAACAAUUAAAUUAAUGCCCAAGGUGCAUUAAGCUUAGGCACUGCUUUAUCAAACUGUAUCAAUCUCUAAAUCUUGAAAAUUAAUCUAUAUGAAAAUUAAGUUGGUGCAUAAGGUGCUUUAGAUUUAUGCUCUGCUUUAGCAAAAUGCACUAAUCUCUCAAAUUUGGAUAUUUCUUUCUAAAAGAAUGGGAUAGGUGCAGAAGGUGCAUCAAGAUUAGGUUUUGCUUUAGCAAAUUGCUUAAAUCUCUAAAAUUUGGAACUUUACUUAGGUGACAAUAUUGGUCCAUAAGGAGCUUAAGGUUUAGGUCAAAGUUUGGCAAGCUGCGCUAAUCUCUCAAAUUUGACUCUUUGUAUUGAUAAAGGCAAUUAGAUUGGCGCAUAAGGUGUAUCAGGUUUAUUUUAUGGCUUAGCAAAUUGCUUUAAUCUCUCAAAUUUAUCACUCUUUCUACGUGGAAAUCAAAUAAGUUCAUAAGACAACUCUGAUUUAUUUUCUGCUUUAGGAAAAAUUGCUAAUCUAUCAUAUUUGAAUUUUAGAGUUUGUAUGAAUUAUAUUGGAGAUAAAGGUGUUUCGGAUUUGGGUUCAGCUUUAGCGAAUUGCACUCAUCUCUCAAAAUUAAUUCUUGAUCUCAGUGAAAACUAAAUUGGUCCAUAGGGUGUAUGCGAUUUAGGUUCAGGAUUAGUAAACUGUACUAAUCUCUCAAAUUUAAAGCUCUACCUUUCUAACAAUUAAAUUGGUAAUGAAGGUAUAUUAGGUUUAGGUUUUUCUUUAUAAAAGCAUGCUAAUAUCAAAAGAUUAGAGCUGAUUCUCAUGAAUAUUCAAAUUAAUGAUGAAGGGGCAUUAUCAUUCGUUUCUCUAUUAUCUAAUUUCCCUUUCCUCCUUAUUUUAUUUAUCAAUCUCUAUUGUAAUUAGAUUAGUAUAGAAAUCAGUUCUAAAAUUGUUAGCAAGUGUCUCAAAUCAAAAAAAUUAAUUGAAAAAUAUAUUAUUGUUUGA